AUGGGUGACCCAAUUAUGACAGGGACACCAGCGCAUGCAUGUUUUACUGUAGAGGCUAAUGGGCCUAUAAAGGAUAUGACAUUAAUUACAGAUUAUACUGGUGAUGUGGAUUACAUUACAAAUCGGGAACAUGACGAUUGUGAUAGUAUGAUGACCCUUCUUCUAGCAAAGGACCUAUCUAACAACCUUCUUAUCUGUCCUGAUAAACGUGGAAACAUUGCUCGCUUUAUUAAUGGCAUUAACAAUCAUACUCCGAAGGGUAGGAAGAAGCAGAAUCUUAAAUGCGUGAGGUACAGUGUAAAUGGUGAAUGUCAGGUCCUUUUGGUUGCUACUUGUGAUAUUGCCAAGGGGGAGAGGCUAUAUUAUGAUUAUAAUGGAUAUGAGCAUGAAUACCCAACCCAUCAUUUUGUCUAA